GAGGAAUUACUAGCAGGUGAAGAAGUAGCAACUUGCCCCAGUUGUUCUCUAAUUGUUAAAGUAAUAUAUGAUUUGGAAACAUUUACGCAACAAGCAACUGAAGUCACAGCGUUAGGCGAUAAUUUAAAUAAAUUGCAAAUUACUAACUAAACAAUGGCUGGUCGUGGUCGAGGUAGAGGUGGACGUGGCGGUAACACAGGGUCGUUCAAUCGAGAACAAUUAAACGCUAUUGGUAUCACUUCCAAUGAAAACUUACCAGGCCCAAUUCGAGAACCUCCACCUUUAUUCCCUCCGCUAAACAGGAAACCAGUGCCGCUACAGGAAUCUUUGGAAUUGGAUUAUUUAUUAAUAUUAAGGCAAAACAUAUUAGAUCAAAUGCAGAGCUCUGGAGCAUACCUUAGGAUACCUCAGUCAAAAGAUCGGUUGGAUAAACGGCAACAAGAAAUCGACAAGUUAAUAGCUCAAUUACCAUCAGUAAAAGAAAAGUUUGACUGGAACAUGUUACCGACAGAAUUGCGACCAAAAUUAAUCGCCAAAAGAAUGAAAUUGAAGGAAUCUAAAACGGUUGACGUUAAUUUUAGGCUAAACCAAUUGGAAAAGCUUGAGGAAAAGACUGAGAAGGCAAUGGAUGUCUCGGUAAAAGAAGAGGCAGAACCUGAUGAGGAAGAGGAGGAAGUUCAAGAGAAUUAUGAGGAUGAGGAUAUGGAUGAUGGAACAGAUUAUGCAAACAAUUAUUUUGAUAAUGGAGAAGCGUAUGAGGAUGAAGAUGAUAAUUUAGAUGACGGCCCAAUUUAUUGAGCUAUUUAACUAUUUGAAUUGUGAUUUACUUAUAUCUACAUGUAAUAUAUUAUUGGCUCGAGUGUAAAUAAAUUGUUAUUUUUAUUGUA